UGCGGAUGAGCUUCAAAGCGCUUCAAGUACGGACGUAUGCGUGCGUCUGCACGUUUGUCGGAGCGUCAGCUGACGAGACCUCGCAUCGGUUCCGUUUGAACGUCUGCUUGGACGACGCGAGAGGCUGAAAAGAUGAGCAGCGUGGAUUGGGAGGAAGUUAAAAGGCUCGCCGCCGAUUUCCAAAAGGCGCAGCUCAGCUCGACUUUACAAAAACUUUCCGAAAGAAACUGUGUCGAGAUUAUAACAACAUUGGUGGAGAACAAAUUCCUGGACAUCAUAUUUACCAACGACGGCAAGGAAUAUGUAACUCCUCAGCAUCUUGGAAAGGAGAUCAAAGACGAGCUGUACGUUCAUGGUGGAAAGAUUAGUUUAGUCGACCUGGCACAAAUUCUCAAUGUUAAUCUGUCGCACGUAACUAAAGUUGUGACGGAGAUUGAGAAGCACAAUAAAGGACUGAGAGUAAUUUUGGGGCAGCUCAUUGACAGGAGUUACAUAACCAAGAUUGCGGAAGAGAUAAACGAUAAACUCGUACAGCACGGCUGCAUUAAUGUGGCCGAGCUGACGCUCACUUACAAUUUGCCAGCCGAGUUCUUACAGUCAGUCGUCGAGAAAGAACUCGGGAAGAUAAUACAAGCUACGCAAGAUUCUCAAGAUCCCAAGAUCUUCUAUACCGAGAGCUUCAUUGCCAGAAAUAAGGCAAAAAUCAAAGGCGCCUUGUCUGCCAUCACAAAGCCCACACCUUUAUCAGCAAUAUUAGGGCAAUGUAGUGUUCCGGAAAGAAUAUUCUUCUCUAUUCUGGAUAGUUUGCAAGAAGUAAAACAAGUGCCUGGAGUUGUAACUGGAAAACAGGGCGGGAAUAGCAUCUACGUACCUACGAUAUACUCCAAGAGCCAAAACGAGUGGGUUGAAAACUUUUACAGGCAGAAUGGGUAUUUAGAAUACGACGCGCUCACAAGACUCGGGAUAGCAGACCCAUUGAACUUCGUAAAACGUCAUUUUCAGAAUGACAACAUAAUUUUCUUAAACUCCGUAGUUGCGGGAACGAUAAUAAUGGAUCAAGUCGACGCCAAUAUCGAUGAGAUUGUUGCGACUGGAUCCUUCGUCGACAUUUAUCCUCUCUUGCCGUCAGUAUUUAGCAGCGAGGACGCAGAGAUUCUUCUGAAAUUAGCCACAAAGAAGACGAAGACCAAUGUGCGCAUAUUCGCGAAGACAGUUGCGGUCUCCGACGCGUUUCUACAGACUUUAACUAAAUCCCUUGAAGCGGUAGCGGAACAGAAAGCCGCAGAGAUGGUGUCCAGUGGAAAGUGGAUUCAAUCUGUCGCCGAGAACAUUUUGAAAUCGAAAUCCGUGGAUGUCACGACGGAAGGCAAAAUGAGCAGAAAGGAGGAACGAAGGAAAAAGGCAGCGGCCGGUAAGGCGGGCGGCGGCAGUCAAGGCAGAGAAACCAGGACGAAGUCCACGAAGAAGAAGUACCUUCAAGGGAGGACGCAGGAGAACGAAUCCGACGAGGAGGAGACGAGAACGGCAGUCGGGAAAAACGAGAUAACAAUGAUAUCCAUGGAGGAAAUAAAGGCCGAAGUUAUGAGGGACGAGAAUAUAUAUGUAGUCGAGGAACUGGUGGACGAAUUGGUGCACCACCUGCAACCGAGACUGAACAAGUUUGCAUUAUCAUUGGCGGAACAACUGGCGCAAUCCAACAAGAUCACGAACCUCAGCGGGAUCGGAGAGCGCCUGAACGCUCUGAUAACGAACAUCCGAGUGUUCGACAAAGGCAUCAAGCAUCUGGACAAGGCGGAUCAAGCCUCACUGAGCAAAUACCUGUUGAAGUCUCUGGGUCUCGAUUUCGUGACGCACAUCUUCAAGCUGGCCGCUCAACAGAACAUGCUGCAAGUAGCGGAAAAUCUCACGACGGAGAUGAGGCAGAAGCUGCUGCUGGAGUUACCGGCGGAUGUCAGGGAGCCGUUAACCGGUGUGCACAAAACGAUCAUGGGGGAUUCGGUGGAGGAUUUUCUGACCGCGGCCGACGGCGCAAUGGUAGCCUGCUGCAUGGUACUGAAGAAGCACGAUAAGAAGAAGGAGCGGCCGCAGGUACACGCUCACAGGGAGGCUCUGCUGGAGGAGCUGAACGCCACGCAGGAUCCCGCACUGGCGUUGCAUCUCGUCACGAGCGUGCUCUUUACUGCCGUCACGCAAAGCGCCUUACACAUGUCUGGCAGACAUGUGACCACCGUUCUCGCAUUCCUUCGAAAGCAACUCGAGUUGGACGUAAUGUCGACUCUUUCCAGAUAUCAUGAUUUGGUACUCAGUUUGUUAAGUGCCUCUGAUGAAACCACAAAAAUGGAGGCCUCCAAGGCCCUGACGGAGGGAUUGGCGGAUAUAAAGAAUAUCGCCAACGAUUUCAAGCAACACGUGAAAAUGGACAAGUCCUGAGAGAAACAUACUGUACAUAACGCAAAUAACGUAAAAUAUUUUAUAGAUAUGUCUUUUAUGCAGAUUUCUUGUAAUUACCACUGUGUUUUAUAGGAUAUAAAUAUAUAUAUACCGACAACCU